ACAAAACGUACAGUCCUUCCAACACUACUCCAGAGCUACUUCUAUUCAACAUGGUUUACACCAUCAACGCAAGGGAUCUAGUGAUCUCUCACGGUAAUGAUCCACGCUAUUGGAAAUGGCACACUGAUGUACCUUCUGGCUUCGAGGUUGCCGAGCUUGUUGAAGUUUGUUGGUUUGACAUUCGAGCCAGUGUGCCUGCUAGGGACCUACCAAGGGGCAGUUCCUAUUCGACAUAUCUCGUGUUCAAACUUAGUGCCAAGCCAAGGGGGCUUGAAAAAGCAACUGCAUCGGUAAGAUUUUCUGAGGAAAAGGCUAAGGGAACUGAUAAUGAAGGCUAUACCGUGUCAAUUGAUAAGUCACAAGAUUCGAAGGAUCCGGGCAUACAUCCUCAACCCCGUAGUGAUGGAUGGAAGGAAUUGAACUUGGGUGACUUCGUCAACAACCGCGGAAGAAGUUCCACGGUAGAAGCUAGGAUUUUUGAAACCAGUGAUACAAUCUGGAAGUCUGGCAUUAUUAUCAGGGGCAUCGAAAUUCGCCCUAAUUAGGGUGGAUGCACUCAUUACCAUCAUCCUUCAGUCGUUUGGUACCACAGUAAAAGAAAAAAAAUUGAAAAAAAAGGAAAAACAAAAUAAAAUGGUGUCCAUUCAGUCUAUGAUUAUCAGUAGUUGUGUCUUCUAAUGUUUUCAGUGCAGGGUCUACUUUGUUUUUUCAUACUGCAUAGGGUCUUAUGUAGUAAAUUUCUCUCUUUCCUUUUUAUCUAUGUGUAAUAGUUAGGGGUACAUCAAAGUCAAAACAAAAAACCGAAAAAAAAAAGAAAAAA